CCAAACUCUGAGAAUCAUCCAUGGCAAAACCCAAGAUGGUACCAUACGAGGAGACUCGCAGGGAGAGAAUAGAGGAAAACAGAAAGAGAAUGGAGGCUCUCAACCUCCCUCAGCUUUCUAUGGCUCUCAAAACUUCUUCCUCUCCCAAACCCUCCCCUAUGAAGCGAACCCCAAAGCCAAAGGGCGAGAAGCAGAUGGUUGUGGUGAGGAGGUCCUCUCGAGUCGCAAAGCUACCGGAGCAACCUUCCUACAAAGAAAUGGAUGUUGUUGAGAAAGUGAUGAUACCGAGAAGGUGUACGGGUUCUACUUCUAAGCAUAGGGAUCUGUCGAAUCGGGUGUAUGCUGAUUAUGAAGAUAGAAUGGUUGCACUGGCGAAAGCUGAGAAAUUGGAGGCUGAAUUGGGGUCUGAUUUCCCUAUCCUUGUGAAAUCAAUGCUCCAAUCACAUGUCAGUGGUGGAUUCUGGCUGGGUCUACAAGUCCAGUUCUGCAGGGAUUAUCUUUCAAAGAAUGAUGAAGUUAUGACAUUGGUAGAUGAAGAAGGUGAGGAGUAUAAGACUAUUUACUUGGCCCGGAAGACAGGACUAAGUGGUGGAUGGAAAGGGUUUGCAGUAGCUCAUGACUUGGUGGAUGGGGAUGCAGUGGUCUAUCAACUAAUCAAGCCUACAACAAUGAAGGUGUACAUUAUUAGGGUGGAAAGAAAGGCCUGA